AUGCCAAUGGAAAAUGAUGUACUUGAAUCUGCAUUUACAAAAACUUGUGAAGUUAAGGCAGAUGAUGAUGUUCUUCAACCAAAACAAAUUUUUGAAGAUAUGCCUAAUGUAGAGUAUAUCUAUGAAAAAUUAGAUCUAUUAAUCCUUAAAGUAUUUAAUAAUGAACAACUGAUGCAAGAAAAAUCAUUAUUAAUUUAUUCACUGCAACAAAUAAAUGAAUUUGAAUAUUUUAACAAUAAAACCAAUUACCAGCUAGAUCUUAUGAGAUUUUUUCAG